GAAAACAAAGAGUCAGCUGUCAGUGCACAAGAAGAAAAUUCUAUCCAGGAAACUCUUUUAAAAUCAGAAGCAAUGAGACUUGAACAUGACACUCUUGUGUCAGACCUUCAAAAGAAAAUAGACAAUCUAGAGAGAGACUGCAAAGAGAGAGAAGAAAAAUGUAAUAAGAUUAAAGCUGUUGCUGUCAAAGCCAAGAAGGAACUAGAUGCCAACAAAAAAGAGGUUCAGUCAAUAAGAAAAGAAUUAGAGCGGGUAAGAGCAGAAAAGCUCCAGAUGACAUCUUCUAUGAAGGACCUUGUUCAAGGGGCAGAAAGCUACCAGAAUCUCAUGGUAGAAUAUGAUAAACAAGUGGAACUGCUGGAAAAGGAAAAGGAGCGGGCGAGCUACACAGAACGUCAAUUGGACGAUGUCUCACGUCAUUUACAUGCUGCUCUUCUGGAGCAUGAGAAGAUGAAUUCUAUUAAUGAAGACCUGGUGACCCGCAUGGAAACAUUGCAGUGCAACAACAGGUUACUGGAAGCUCAGAUACUUGAACUGCAGAGAGCUAAAGUUGCAAUAGAUAAAGACUUGGAAGCUGAAAAACUGAUUAAAGAGCAAAAAAUAAAGGAUCACAACAGUGCUCUUAAGCAGAUAGAAGAACUUCAACAUCAACUUCAGAAAGAGAGAAAUAAGUUACAGAAAAUUACACAAGAGCUUGAACUUGUUAGGAAGGAUGCUCAGAAGAGCACAUUGAUGGAUAUGGAGAUAGCCGAUUAUGAGCGUUUGGUGAAAGAGCUCAACCAGAAAAUCACCCAUAAGAGCAGUCAGUUGGAGGACCUGAAGCAGGAGAUCUCUAUCCAAAAGCAGAAACAGGAAACUCUACAACAAGAAAUAUCAACAUUGCAAACAACAAUAGAGCAGCAUGAGGAGUGCAGCACUAAGAUGAAGCAGCUGCUAGUUAAAACCAAAAAGGAACUAGCUGAUUCCAAGCAGACGGAAUCUGAUCAGUUAAUUAUCCAGGCCUCACUAAAAGGGGAAUUGGAGGCAUGUCAGCAGCAUGUGGAAGCUUAUAAGAUCCAGGUUGCUGAGCUGACAUCUGAAAAACACAAAAUACAAGAGCAACUCAGAGCGUUGACAGAACAACAUCAACGUGUGGCAAACUCAUACCAACAAAAAUUGCUUGCCCUUCAGGAGGAGUGCACUGCAGCAAAGGCAGAGCAGGUUGCAAUAACUGCUGAAUUUGAAAGCUACAAAGUUCGUGUUCAUAAUGUGCUAAAGCAACAGAAAAAUAAGUCUGCACCUCAAGCAGAACAUGAGGUGUUCAAGCAGGAAAGGGAGCACCUUCAAACAAUGUUGGAUCAAGUAAAAAAUAAACUGCAGGACGCUCAGCACAGUCUUCAGAUGAACACAGCGGAGUUGCAGGCUUUACAGUCUGAACAUGACAUGUUACUGGAGAGGCAUAAUAAAAUGCUGCAAGAGACGGUGACCAAAGAAGCUGAACUUAGAGAAAAGGUACUAGGUUUCAUUAAAACACCCCUUCAAAAAAUAAAACCAAUCUUUUGCAAACUAAAAAGAAAUAAAGUA